AUGCCCGUUCAGCCAAUCACUGGUAUGCUCCGCCGGGGCCUUGUCCUUGACCUUAGCAUUGCUUUCGGUCUUGGUACCUCCUUUGCCUACCUCUACUGGUACGGCUACCACGUUCCUGCCACCCGUCAGCGUGAUUUGUUCUACGCCAAGUUGGAGGACCAGAGAGCAUCGGCUCAGUCUUAG